GUUGAUAUGAAUAAUGACACUAACGGAAAUUCUAAACAUAUAUUAAUAUUUCGUCAUCACUCAUUUCACCCACCAUAACAUCAAGAGAGCUCACCAUAAUAUCAUAGGUUUGAUUUGUACCACAUAUGGUUGCCAGCAGAGAGCGAAGAAAUAUCGAAUCUUCUUAAAUGAAAAGUGAAGUAGCGCUUCUUGUAUACCCACGUGUUUUACUAGGGGAGAAUUUUGAGGCAUUUGCAUCUUGGUUUUGUAGUUAGUCAGGCAGUUGAUUGUUUUAGGUAGAACUGUCUACAUUAUAGAUUUUUUACUUAGAAAAUUGGCAAUAUGUCGUCGUUUAGAAAGGCAUUGAAAUCCCAACAAAAAAAUCACAAAGAAAGAUCCCAGCCUGUUUUCAGAAAACAUCUGGGACAUCUUGAAAAGAAAAAGGAUUACAAACUUCGUGCGGAUGACUACCACAAGAAACAGAACACCCUUGCUGCUUUGCGUAAAAAAGCCUUGGACAAAAACCCUGAUGAGUUCUAUUUUAAGAUGGUCAGCUCUCAGCUUAAGGAUGGAGUGCAUGUGGCAAAUAAGGCUAAAGGAACAGAGGAGGAGAAUACAGAGGAACAGAGGAAGGUGAUGAGGACGCAGGAUAUCAGAUAUGUAGAGAUGAAGAGAGUGGCUGAGGGCAAGAAAAUUGAGAGGUUGAAAUCAGAACUCCAUCUCCUGGACGCUGAUGGCAAACAGAAAAACGGGCACACCUUCUACUUGGACUCAAAGCAAGAAGUAGCAGACUUUGACCUGGCCAGCCACCUGGAUACAGUUCCUGAGCUGGUGGACAGAGUGUACAACCGGCCCACCCUCCAUACGCUGGAGAGCCAGACCAUCCAGGGUGCCGUGGAGCCUCUCGUGAUAAAGAAGUUGGCCAGACAGAGGAGGCACCAGUAUAAGAUCUUGUCCCAGCGGAUUGACCGGGAGAUGAAGAUGUUUGUCAUUGGCCAGAAGAUCCAGACACGCAAAAACCUACACGAUAAGAACAAGAAGGUGAAGGUGAGCAACGAGACGAUCAAUGCCUCCGCUGUCUACAAGUUUGAAGCUAAGAGGAAGCGCUGAGAAAGGUCAACCUCUUUGAACAGGAAACGCAUCAUCAACCGGACCUUUCUGUGGCCUGUUAUACAAUCACCAGUCGGUCUCCAUUGGACAGUAAUGUGGACUUUGGAUUGCCUAGCGCAAUUCAUGUGGAUAUGGACAAGUGAAAUGGCAAAGGAAUACACUCUCAAUUGUUGUUGUAGAUUCAUCUCUAUGAUUGCAGCAAUGCGUGGUUUUUGUACAUAUUUAUCAAAGGAUAUAAGUUUGAUUAUUGUAUGAAUAAAUUGUUUUGAGACACA